AAGCUUUUGCGACAUGGGCGUGUUCCCCAAUGUCGUCUCCGUUACCCGUAAGUUGAAGAAUGAGCCAGUGAGAGAAAAGGACAGCGAAAUACAUAGAAUAAUUAGUUUUAAUUACCACAAAAGAUGUUCAUUUGAAAGUAUUUCGAGACUUUGUACGUGUGUACAGGUUUUGUACGGUUGUUACACGUAGUUGCAGACCUCCGGGAUUUGUUGGUCCAUGUUUAAUAACUGAUUAAUGUGAGGCUCAUCCGCUAGUCGGUUAGCAAAGCGCCUUUGCCGCUGCGAUGAUGGAAACUUGAGCAGCUCAAAGGAAACACUCAUCAAGCUCUCCAGACCAUCCAAACACAGGAUCCCUGUGCCAGGCAACAAAAUGCAGACCAUAAAGUGUGUUGUUGUUGGUGAUGGUGCAGUGGGAAAGACCUGCCUGUUAAUCUCCUACACUACUAAUGCCUUCCCAGAUGAGUACAUUCCUACGGUUUUCGACAACUACAGCACUCAGACCUGUGUGGACGGCCGUGCCGUCAGCCUCAACCUGUGGGACACAGCCGGUCAGGAGGAGUACGACCGCUUGCGAACCCUCUCUUACCCACAGACGCAUGUCUUCAUCAUCUGUUUCUCUGUGGCCAGCCCUUCCUCUCAUGCCAAUGUCCGGCAUAAAUGGCACCCGGAGGUGUGCCACCACUGUCCUGGUGUGCCUGUGUUGCUGGUAGGCACUAAGAGAGACCUGCGGGGAGACAAGGAGACCCUGGAGAAGCUGAAAGAGCAGGGGAUGAGUCCAACCACUCCGCAGCAGGGCGGCGCAUUGGCCCGCAGCAUCGGUGCGGUGCGAUAUCUGGAGUGCUCGGCCCUUCUGCAGGAGGGGGUCAGAGAGGUCUUCAACGAAGCAGUCAGGGCUGUUCUCUACCCCAAUGCCAAGAAGCACAGCAAGAAAUGUGUGCUGUUAUAACUACUUGAGGGUGUGUGCGUGAGAGAGAUUUUAUGAAGGGUGGAAUAUCAGUUAGUCAUGUGAUCGUCUCUGCAAAUGUGUGUUGCUGUCACUUUUUGUUCAUAUCUCUACACUACAGUUAGCAAUAGGUGUACAGACUGUUAAUGAGGAAGACUGAGACUCUGUGCUUUUGUGUAUUUGUGUUUCAACUUUCCGUACAUGUCCAAGACAGAAAUACGGUGUUGUAAUCUAAAGUCAGGCAGACCAAGGCAGUGGAGUGGAUUUGUCUGAAGGACUAACAGGCAUUGACAACUUCUGCCUUCCUAUAAAGCCUUAAAACCCCAGCAUAUUUUUUAGGAAUCACUCAGAGGAUAUUUCAUGCACCAAAGUGUAAAUUCAGUCUAAAUUCAGACUGGAUGUCUUGAAGGUGCUGUCUCUCCCUUACCACAUCAGUAACACAAUUAUCAGGGCUCACAAUCCACCUGAUAUGCGUGGUAUUUUAAUGUGAGACCCUAAGACUUGAUGACCUACACUUACCACAACAUGCCAUUUUUCUUGUAUUGUUGCCUUUGUAGAGUUGAUCGACUUUUUAAUCAGGAAGCGCUGUGGAAUCCCAGUGUGCCUUUAGUGCUUGGCCCCUUCUCUGACAUCUCAUAAACUCCUUCCUCUCUGCUCAUUUCAUCUAGGGUGCUACUUUGGGUGCCAGUUGACAUUUAUUGCUGGAAAGGACUGUUGAAAGUUUACAGAGAGCUGUUGUAGCUCACCUGCCUUCUAUUAGAGCUGUAAAUGAAGGGAUAUAGUGCUGUUUUAUAACACUCUUGAGGUAGAAAUGAAGAUCUUUAUAUUUGGCCCACUGUGCCUGAAUCCUCACAAUUUACAACCCUGUUUUUGAAACUGAAGUGCCACUAAUAUUUUGUAUUAUUUGUAUUUUACCAUGAAUGUUGAUCCACUCCAAUGAAGUGCCCUAAUAAGAAGAUAAACACUCUUGUCUUUCAUCUCUGUUACAAUGAAACAUCAUGUGCACAAACAUUCAGGUUUAGGCUUCAUUUGGGUCCACAUUUACAUUUUAUAUAUUGACUGUCUACAUUUUAUAUGAUAAACAUCAGCGUUUUAUUAUUAUUUUUAUUUUGUUUUUAGGACAUAACACACCAAAAUUGGCUCUUUUUAAUUAAAGCUGUUUUUAUUUCUUGAAACUGUCAUUAUUUUAAGAAUAUACCUCCACUUGCAUGAGAAAAUAAACUAGUUUUAAAGUAAAAGAAUGGUUGGCUCCUGUUCUUUGACCUCAGAUUUGUUCAUGACAUAAACAUAAACGCAGGGAGAAAGGGA